GAAUUCACAGCCAUGAGGGACCAAUACAUGCGAGGUGGAGAAGACUUCAUUAUCUGCUAUUCCAUCACGGACCGCCAAUCCUUUCAAGAAGCUUCUGAAUUUAAGGAACUGAUUUAUCGUGUCCAGCACACCUAUGACAUCCCCUUGGUGCUGGUGGGAAACAAAAUAGAUCUGGAAGAGUUCAGACAGGUCUCAACUGAAGAAGGAAUGAGCUUAGCCAGAGAAUACUCCUGCUCCUUUUUUGAGACUUCAGCUGCCCUCCGCUUCUACAUUGAUGAUGUCUUUCAUGGACUAGUGAGGGAAAUCCGAAGGAAAGAGUCCUCACUGCCCAUGGUAGAGAAGAAGAUGAAAAGGAAAGAUAGCCUGUGGUGGAAACUAAAAGGAUCUCUGAAGAAAAAAAAGGAAGGUACUACCUUAUGGCAGUUCCCCAUGAGCCACCCAUCAGGAGCUGACCACAGAAACAUGUAACAGUUUAAAAAGACAGCACUGACACAGCUUCUUCCAGACUAGGUCCUGGAGUUCCUUCCCUUCAGCCCUCAUGCAGAAGUAGCACCCUGAAAGCCCAAUUCAUGGUUGCCCUGUGGUUCCUCUGUAUUACAGAUAAAGUCGCUUAGCAUACCCUUUCAUCCCUUCUCUGCAAAUCUGAGUGGAGAAAAUACUGUGGUUUUUCACCUGUGGUCCCUGGCUGGUCUUUGAACACUAGGAGUUAAGCCAGCAUCCAAGGCAGAAGCAGCUUCCACCAGCUCUAGGACAAGGGAUGCAUUUAUUGCCUCCUCUCUACAUGCAUGGU